AUGCACGCCAACAAGUUACCGCCUCUCAGCAAACGCUACCUGCAGGACCCCUGGGACCACCACAACUACCAGCUACAUCGCACUAAGGUAAGCUUCGCCCUCCCAGUGGUCGACACAAAGGGAACGUGCAAGCCCCCUCACAUGCAGCGCAACUUGAAAAAACAGCAGCUGCAGGAUGAGCGUCGGGCCACCAUUGAGCGAGACAACCUCCUGCUGGCCUCCAGCCUGGCCCUCAUAGAAGCUUCAAGAGGCCUACUGGACCACAAGAACCAGUACCAGCCUAUAAGUUUGAACGCUGACAAGCGGCGGGCAGAGCUUCUGUUGGUCAGUCGCCAGAAUCUGAACAUCUACCAGCGAAUCACAGCGCGUCAGUCCGAGUACCGCCGCCAGCUGUGGAUGAGCGACUGGGAGAAGGCGGAGAAAAGGCGGGUCAAUAUUUCCCGUUACCCACAGGGCCCCAAGCAGAAGUCAAACAGGAGGUUGAAGUUUGCAGGCGUGGAAGAAAAUGAAGAGACGACUCAUUAA